UCCGCAGAUCUUAAAAAUUCCUUUAAAGUUUAUCUAUUCCAAAGACCAAAGCAAAACCAGAAAGGGGGGAGUGGAGAUAUGGACGCAAUUGAUUCAGUUUUCGAUCCGCUAAGAGAGUUCGCUAAGGAUAGCGUUCGUCUUGUCAAGAAAUGCCACAAGCCUGAUCAAAAAGAGUUUACGAAGGUGGCGUUUCGUACAGCGAUCGGAUUCGUGGUUAUGGGAUUUGUAGGGUUUUUCGUUAAGCUCAUCUUUAUCCCCAUUAACAAUAUUAUUGUUGGAUCUGGUUAGUCCAUAUGGAUCUUAUUACUGGCUUGCAGGAAGCGAGGCAAUCAGUGUGUAUUUUCAGCAUGAAGGCUAAAAAGAUAGAAUAACUGGAUGGCUAUAUCUGAAUUCAUUAAAGCAAUUCAAAUUCAGACAUGGGGGUUUUCUAGUUUUCUUUAUAUUCACUUUUGUUGGAAAUUUUGUUUUAGUUGUUGAAAUAAACACAACCAUUAUGACUUUUGGUCCAA